GUCGCCAUCUUGCUGCGCAGGGUCUGUGAGAGAAACGCUGAGUCAGUUGAGCGGCUUUUGGGUGUCUUGGCUUUUGAGGCUGGACCUCUUCUUACCCGUGCCGCUCCGGCCCCACUAUGCCACAAUACCAGACCUGGGAAGAAUUCAGCCGCGCGGCUGAGAAGCUCUACCUCGCCGAUCCCAUGAAGGCACGUGUGGUUCUCAAAUAUAGGCACUCAGAUGGGAAUCUGUGUAUCAAAGUAACAGAUGAUUUAGUUUGUCUGGUAUACAGGACAGAUCAGGCCCAAGAUGUAAAAAAGAUUGAAAAAUUCCAUAGUCAGCUAAUGCGACUUAUGGUAGCUAAGGAAUCCCGAAGUGCUGCCAUGGAAACGGAUUGAAUGGUUUGAAGUGAAAGCUGUGGUGGUCACGUUUUUAAGGAAGAAAAUAUCACUUGAAUUCAAGAAAAUGUUGGGACAGAAGAGGCUUUAUAUAACUCAGUGGGCCCUUAAAAAGCCUGAGAGCAUUUUUUUCCUGUGUAGCUUAAAAAAAAUUCUAACUUCAGAUAGCUAUAAAUAUAUAUGCUUUCAGUUGAAAGCUUCUAUUUAUUUUUGAAAUUUAAAACAAGCUGAAAAGUUUUUACAGGUUAUUUGAUGUUGGGCAAAAUUUGUAAAUAUGAUCUCUUGUAAAUUUGUAACACUAAUUUGAAGAGGAGAGAUUGGCCACCUUUAUUCUGUGAAAUGUAUCUGGCCUUUAAAGAAAACUAAAUAUUGUUUGUUUAGUUUGUUUUUCAUCUUUAACUUAGAGUUUAAGGUCUUUUUUUAUUGAAUAUAUUUCUCUACAGGUUUAAUUUUGUCUGACAAAACACAUUUCUGACCAAUAAACAUAAGAUAUACUAACAGAAAUUAAUUUUGUGCCAUAAUGAAGGUAAUUAUUUGUAGAAAUGUUACAUAUCUUCUUUGAAGCCAUACCUAAAAUAUAGGUGUGCUUUCCAGAUUGACUGUUUUUAACCCUAAAAGAAUCCAUUAUCUCAUUGAACUUAUAAUUCGAGAUAAGAACAUAACUUUUUUUUUUUUUUUUUUGCUAGGAAGUGGGGUCACACAGCUAGUGUCAUGUGUCUGA